AUACAUAUUUUUAUAUCUAACGUCUCGGUUCCAAUGAUCUACCAAAAAGUAGAAUAAAAUAAAGAUUCAAAGAAGAUGGGGCUUGAUCUUGAUCUGGAAUCAAUAUCCGAGGCGACGUCAGGAGCCGUUGGAUCACUCGUGAGCACCACUCUGCUGUACCCGCUCGACACCUGCAAAACCAGGUACCAAGCCGAAGUUCGAGGCAAUGGUCGGGCCAAAUACAGGAACCUUUCGGAUGUGUUUUGGGAAGCAAUAUCCACACGCCAGGUUCUUUCGCUGUAUCAGGGUCUCGAAACAAAAAACCUGCAAUCCUUCAUUGCUCAAUUUGUUUAUUUCUAUGGGUAUAGCUACUUCAAAAGACUAUAUGUGGAAACAAGUGGUGUUAAAUCAAUAGGGACGAGAGCAAACUUAGUCCUUGCAGCUGCUGCUGGAGCUUGCACUGCUAUUUUAACUCAGCCUUUGGAUACAGCCUCAUCAAGGAUGCAGACAAGUGCCUUUGGAAAAUCCAAAGGAUUGUGGAAGACCCUUACAGAGGGCAGCUGGAUUGAUGCAUUUGAUGGUCUCGGAAUCUCCCUGUUGCUGACCGCAAACCCUGCAAUUCAGUAUACAGUGUUCGAUCAGCUAAAACUCAGACUCUUGAAAGGGAAAGAUAAAUCGGGCAAGGGUUCAUCGCCAGAAGCCCUUUCUGCCUUCACAGCAUUUGUUGUAGGUGCAGUCUCGAAGACUGUUGCCACCGUUCUGACCUAUCCUGCCAUCAGGUGUAAGGUCAUGAUCCAAGCUGCUGAUGAAGAUGAUGGAAAAACCAAAAACCCCCGGCCAAAGUCCAGCAAAACGAUUCCAGCAGUCCUAUGCGCUAUAUGGAAAAGGGAAGGGAUUCUCGGCUUCUUCAAGGGAUUGCAUGCUCAGAUCUUGAAGACCGUCCUGAGCUCGGCAUUGCUUCUGAUGAUCAAGGAAAAGAUCUCCGCUGCUACUUGGGUUCUUCUACUUUCAAUCAGAAGGUCUCUAUUGCUCACAAGGGGCAGACUAAAAAGUGCUUGAUUGCAAUUGUGUCGACGAGAAUUUGCAGAAUUCACAUGUAAAUUAUGUAAGAGUUUUAUCUGCUUACCUGAAACAGAUGUACCCUUUGAAUUCGGGGUACUAAGGCCAUCUCCAACCGAUCCGACCAGAGGAGCUUGUACUCUUGCAAUAAAGCAGUUUUCUUUGUUAGAGGAGAAGGAUGGUUCAGGCCUUGCUUCAAAGAUGGUGGCCUUGUCAAUCUGUUGGAGCUUGGUAUUUAGGAUGAAACUUUCAUUCAGAGAAAUAAUGUAGCGCAGAAAAUUUGGUCUGCAAAAAUAUUGAUUUAAAAAUUUUAAUUGUAUAAGAUUUAUUACCCUGGUAAAUGUGAUUUACUGAUAGUAAUAUUAUUUGUGAA